ACAAGCGGCGCCUGCGAGGGAGGAGGAAGGGAGGAGGGAGCGGCGCCGCCUGCGGAAUGAAAGAGGAGAAGGAGAACAAGGGGCGAGAGCGACGGGUGGAGAUUCAGUUCCGAGAGCGGGAGGAGGGCGAGAAGCGCAAAGAGAAGGAUGAGAAAAAAGAAGUGCUCACCAAGGUGGUGAUUCGACGUUUACCUCCUAACCUAACCAAAACACAACUAGAAGAACAAUUGCAUCCACUACCUACGCAUGAUUAUUUUGAAUUCUGUGCUGCAGAUGUAAGCCUUUACCCCCACCUAUUCUCCAGAGCGUAUAUCAAUUUUAAAAAUCCUGAUGAUAUAAUUCUGUUCAGAGACCGAUUUGAUGGAUAUAUCUUCAUUGAUAAUAAAGGCCAGGAAUAUCCAGCUGUAGUUGAAUUUGCACCAUUUCAAAAAAUUUCUAAAAGGAAACUGAAGAAGAAAGAUACAAAAUCGGGGAGUAUUGAAGAAGAUCCCGAGUACAAGAAGUUUUUGGAAAGUUACUGUGCAGAUGAAGAAAAAGUUGCAGCUAAUCCAGAGACGUUACUGGGAGAGAUAGAGGCAAAGACCAGAGAACUGAUUGCAGGUACAGACCAAUUCCCAACUCUGGAGAAUGUCUAUAGCCAGGAACUUAAGGGUGUAAACAGAACUUGGAAGCAGCUGCACGGGUACAAGAACACAGCCAGGCGAACCACACCUCUUCUGGAAUAUAUUAAGAACAAGAAGCUGGAAAAGCAGCGAAUUAGAGAGGAAAAAAGAGAAGAAAGAAGGAGACGAGAGUUGGAAAAAAAACGUUUGCGAGAAGAAGAAAAAAGGAAACGUAGAGAGGAAGAAAGACGUAAAAGAAAAGAAGCAGAGAAACAGAAAAAAAUAGCGGAAAAGGAAAGAAAGGAAGAAAUAAAAAUUAAGUUGUUGAAAAAGGCUGAUAAGGAAGAAGAACAGGACUUGGACAAAUGGAAAGAGAAAGCAGAGGAUGGUGAGAUUGAUAAAGGAAAGUGGGAAAAACCAUGCUGUCCAGGAAAACGAUCAGAUAAUACACAAAAGGAUGUCAAAGAUAAACCACCAAACGAUAGUGAUAGGGAACGCAGGGAGAGAGAGCGGGAAAGAAGAUUGAGGGAAAAAGAACGAGAACGAGAGCGACAAAGGCGACGUGAGGAUGACCGCAGAAAGCAAAAAGAGCGUUAUGAUGUAGAAAGGGCUUUCAGAACAAAAGAAGACGAAACAAAAAGAGGGAAGGAGCAUGGACAGGAAAGAGAAAAGAAGGGAGACAGCUUGAACUACAUGUUCAGUACUGAAAAAAUAGACAAACUGGGUAAAGAAGACAAAAAUGAUGACAUGGGAUCUAAAAGGGAACGGAUAAGGAAUAAGGACCGCCCAGCUAUGCAGUUGUACCAACCUGGAGCACGGUGCCGAACCCGUUUGGGAUCUGGUGGAAGAGCAUAUGACUGCUGCAGUAAAUCCUCUGAAGAUAGCACAGAAAGAAAGUAUGAAGAUGACAGUUCUGUUGGAGCCUGUUCCGAGAAGAGUUGUGAAGAAUGAAAGAGCCUCAGUUAUGUGAUCAGAGGAGAAGUACUUUUAUUACUGCAUUGAAUCAAACAGAUGGUAUCACAAUGUAAAAAGCACUGAUUUUUCAUUUAAUCUGCUAUUAAUAAAAAUUCUGUGAUUUUAUUUGUAAUUUGACUAGUUAACCUAGUUUAAAGUAGUAAAUGACAGGUUGAAUUUAUUGCAAAUGAAAUCUAUAAAGCACACCAAAUUAAGUAUCGGACCAGUUGCACGAGGAAGCAUUCUGCUUUACUGGGAGUAAAAUUGGUAGGUAGAUGCACCAAUCAUUUUGAAUACAAUUAUUGGAUGGGGUGCAGGAUGAAUGGUGAGCUUUGGUUAUUAAUACAAUAUUGACAAUUUAUAAACAACAACAGAUAUUGUGAUUUUGUAGAAGUUGCAUGUAUGUGAUUAGGAUGCCCAUGGUUUUAAAACCAGUGUGGAAUGAUAAAUUCAGUUAAGCAAUCUGAUUAUUUUUCAAUACACAUUACCCUGUGAACAGGAA